AUCGCAAUAUGACUCGUCGCGAAAUGAAGAGCUCCAUCGCCGUGGUCGUAAUAAUCGCCAGUUUUUGGCUCCAAGGAUCGCAUUCAAUUCUUUUGGAGAAUAAUUGUGGAGUGGAUAGUGGAAGGGUGAUAGAAAAUGGCAAAAAUGCUGGGCUAACAAAUAACCCUUGGAUAGCUUAUCUGCAUAAGCGAGAGCAAUUCAAGUGCGCCGGAAGUCUUGUCAAUCACUGGUUCGUUCUAACCGCGGCCCACUGCCUUCCCGAUGAUGGGGAUAUAAAGGUUCGUCUGGGCGAGUACAACAGCAAAACCAAAGUGGACUGCGUGGAACACACGUGCCUCAAACCUGCUCAGGACUACGAUGUGGAUAUGAUUUUCAAGCAUUCGUCCUUUGAUGCGAAUAAUCACGCCAACGACAUUGGAAUGUUGCGUCUCGAGAAGAGGGUGGAGUACCAAACCAACAUCCUCCCCGUCUGCAUUUUCGUGAGCUUUACUGAGUCGUUAAAGAAGUCUUUGGAUGCGGUUCUCUGGUUCAAGGCCUCCGGAUGGGGCAAUUCUGCUGGGGACACCAACGGUACCGUGCUCCAGGAACAGGAUAUACUCCGCCAUAAGAGCACGGCUUGCUCCGAACUCUUUGGCAAGGAUCUGGCCUCCGAUCAGAUCUGCGCCAGUAUGGAUAAUGGCGCCCUCUGCGACGGCGACUCCGGCGGACCGCACAUCAGGGUGAUGAGGUACGGGCAAGAGUUCCGCAGGGUUCAGUUGGCGAUCACCAGCCGGACGAACGCCGAGUGCAAAGGCUCCACCAUCCUCACGGAUCUCAGUAGCCACGCCGACUGGAUCAAACGGGUGGUGCAUCGGUUCGGUCCCCUGGCCGAUAAGCAGUGGCCAGACAAUGGCGUGAAAAUAGAGCCCACUUUCGUAUAGUGGAUACUUAAAAAAACAAUAAGGUUUCAACCUGAUUAUAAUAAACACAAAAAAAAGUAAUUUUAUAAAGGAGGUAAUACUAGUGUUUUGUAUGAGAAAACUUCUUUAAAUAAUAAAAUAAAAUGCAUGCAAAAUAAAAAACAAA